AUGGCAAGUAACAACGUGAUAGCGAAACCCGAACUCCUUAAAACUGCAGAGUUACUAAAGCAAGGCGCAGAAGCGCGAAUAUAUCGGACUGUGUUCCUAGGGAGGCCGACCAUCGUGAAAGAAAGGUUCCUGAAGCGUUACAGACAUCCACUGUUGGACGAAAAAUUAACACACCGUCGGACAGUGCAAGAGGUUCGUUCUAUUCUACGCUGUCGGAGAGUAGGUCUAUCAGCUCCUGUUGUUUACUUCGUGGACUACUCCUCCCACUGCAUUUUCUUGGAGGAAAUCGUAAAUUCAUCGACUGUGCGUGACCACAUUGCGAAUGCUCAGCUUCAGCUGUCUGGUUCCUCAUGUCCUGAAAUGAAGCUGGAGCAUCUGGCUAAGAAGAUAGGUCACAUCCUGGCCAAAAUGCACGAUGAGGACGUUAUCCACGGUGACUUGACCACCUCCAACAUGCUGUUGAGAAGUCCACCGAAGGACGGCGAGUCAGACAUUGUCCUCAUUGACUUCGGUCUAAGUUACAUCUCGGCUCUACCCGAGGAUAAGGGGGUAGAUUUGUAUGUGCUGGAGAAAGCUUUCCUUAGUACUCAUCCCAAAUCUGAGGUACUCUUUGAGACGCUGCUUAAGAGCUACACAGCCUCAUCUAAAAAAUCCGGAACAGUCAUUAAAAAGCUUGAUGAAGUUCGUUUGAGAGGGAGAAAGCGCUCUAUGGUGGGAUAA